AUGAGAGGCUUCAAUCGGGUCUCCCGGCCAAUGGCACGGUUGCCAGUUUCUUCACAUGUUCCGCCUCUUAUAAAAUGUGAGUUUGGCCGUUUAUCAUCUCGUCAGCAUCACCUGGCGACUCAGUUUGUUAUGCGGAACGUGGCUACACGUACACAUUAACGUAAAAUCAAGUCGGGUGUUCACUCAUGUCAGCAGGCAUGCCCUAGGUUAUGACGCAUGAUCAAAGCAUGCAAAGACAAAGGCAUCAACACCAUUGCCAUCGCACAGACCGUGCUGUAUAAAAAGUCAUUCCGUGAAUUAUUCUUUUUCUCGAUUCUGCAUGAAGACAAGCUCUUACAUCGGGGCCAGAUUUUCGUUUUACACAUCUCCUUACACCAAUGGACAGCAGCGGCGAGGAAGGUGGUUACCUCCACCAGCAACAGACGCCGCUCCAGGUCGCGCCGAGAUUGCAACUCCAGAAUAAAUCCGAGGACGAACGAGCAGCGUCUCCGCGACCAGGACCGACGGAUGAGUUGGUUCGAUCUUCCUCGUCGAGCGGUGGCCAUGGAGGCAGCAGUACCGGGAAUAACAAUACCACAACAGUAGUCGUGAAUAACAUCAUCACCUACAGCACGCACCACCAGCAGCUUCUGCAGCCAGGGCGGCCCGCAGGCGGCAGCGCAGGAGCGCAGCGGGGCAGGCUCUACGGUGACCAGCGAACCUUUGUUGCGGGCAGCGUCCAAACGCGACGGAGCCGGCGCGUGAGCGUGACGAAGAUCAACAGUUCCGGGAGCAGUUCGGCGUCGGAGCAGGGCAACGAGAACGAAACGCUGCUGAAAUCGAUCGCGGACCAGAUCAUGACUGAGCCGCCCGCAGGAGGACCAGUCGGGUUUGAAGACACGACCAAGUUUCCCUCAUCUCACUCGCGCUUUGCAGCAGGAGAGAACGUGUCAUCUGGACGGGAUGGGGAUGCAGCUCCUGGGGUGAGCGAUACUGACGGUCCUCGGGCGGCGAGGCCUCGACCAACCGACGAUGGUGCAGCAGAUGGCAAGAAUCCGAGCAACGAGAGCGCUGCAACGACAACCGCGUCGUCCGUUCGGUCCAAGUCCUUGCUCCGAAACUACGACCCAAACUUGCACAUGAAGAACCUCUACCAAGUCAAUGGGGGGUUGGAAAGAAAUGCAAACCCCGCCCAAGGGGCUUCGUUAUUGACGGCUGCGUCUACUUGUUCAACUACGUCGGCUGGUGGCCGAGGCCAUCUUCUUCACGUCCGUGGCGUGAACGCUGGGGCUGCGGCUAGCAAAACGGCGACGAACAGCACAUCUAGUAAGAACAGCACGGGAACAAUCGUCACAGGGUCCACGAAUGCAGGCACUACCGCUCGAAUAGUGACCGUCCCGCCAUCAGGAUUGGUUGGCGGUGGGGCAGGUCGGAGCGAUACUCCAGCGAGCGUAAGCGGUCUUCCGGCCAAUUCCGUGUCAGCAGUGCCUGGACGUACGAUUCUGCCUACAACCUGGAACCUGAAGCUGCAGUCUAGUGGGAGCAGAAGUCAUUUGCUGCAGCAAGGACUGCUGACAGCUCCAGGAUCCGCGGCUGCGAAGAAUUCUGCUGAGCAACAAACGGUUUUGUGCACGAAAAGCAAUCCUGAUGCACGGGGUGAGCUUCAGAUUCCCGACCAGAACUCAACUACAGCUGCAGCUGUAGCGUCACACACCAACAACGCGCCGGCCCUAAGACAGGGUGGACCUGCCUCCGCGUGGACUCGUCCAGCAGGCAAUCUUACUGCGAGCAACGCGGUGUACGCGACAGCGAGGAAGAAGUCCCCCACAGCUCCUGGUGGCCCCUUGUCCGGACAGAAAGCGGAUCAAAAAAAUGGGCUUUUGAAAAGCGUGCUGGCCGCGACGGACUGUUCGCUGAAGGAACAGCAGUCGGGUUCUCCCGGUAGAAGAAACCGGUCCACUUCGAGGUCACCGUCCCGAUCGCCGCAGGGGCCGCAGCGGCGCGAACUGCAGCACAGUCAAAGACCGCAGCCCUUCGCGCCGUACAUUUCCGAAGAGGAGGAGAUGCCGCGCGUGAACCGUAGCACCAACACCCGGCCCCCCGGACCCACCGUCGAGACCGCGGUGGUCUGCGAGCCCAAAGCGCCGGCCCCACGUGUGAUCAACGCAACAACGAGGGUGUGUGCCGUGCCAGUGCCGGUCGAGGUGGUCGAGGCUUCGCCGGAGGUUGGAACAGACGGCGAGAUCGGCGGGGACGGAUGUUGGGACGAGAAAGCGGAAAUAAAUGCGUGCAGCGCAGAUCUCAUCAGCACGGGGGCAAGUAGACCGCACGCUACCUCCUCCGCUAUUCUCCGGAAACAAGUGCUAGACGAGGGAACGAUGGGAGACACGAAUAUCGCUGAUUGUGUUGAUUUCCAUGAUUUCGACUCAACAAACCCGCACCCGAACCCGCCGCCAAUCGCGCUGCCCCUGGACCGCGAAGCGGAGAUGCGGAUGGCGUCGGCUGACGACAAGAGCUGGAUGCAGAAGCGGACACUGUCUAUGGGAAACGUGUCCACCACCACGACGGCCUCCACCGUUGCCAGUCGGGGCGCAUUCAGCAACGCGGGUCGCCGGGGUUUUGCGACGACCGGCGGACGGAGCGCGACCACUCCGUCCGGCAGCAGCGCGGGCGUGCAGCUCCCCGAAGCUUUUUUCCCGCGGCAAACGCAAAAGCCGCGGUCGCCGAGCAGUCCGUUUCGUCGGGUCCCCGCUGAGACGGCAGGAUUCGGCAGUACGCAGGACAGCAAUUUUCACAUCCUUCCAGAGCACUCGGCUUCAGGAGCGGCACAUCCACACCCUCGGCAAAACAGGCGCUCCCCCACCACUGCGUACCGAAGUCCGCACGCCGGCAGCUCGUUAUCGAGUGCGCUGCACUCGCACGAAGCGCUGGCGCCCGCUCCGCGCGCGCAUUCCUCGUCGGGGCGGGCCGGCGGGUUGAGCAACAGCAAAGCUGUCACCAGUUUGUUUUCGCAAACCGCCGACCACCUCGGGCGGUCACGGUCUCGACCCGCGUCGCCGGCUUCGCCCUUUCGAAGAACACGGGAUGAAACCGAGCACGCCGGAGGAGGAGCGGCCGUUGGGACUGCAACUCACGUUCUUCAUCAUGGCGGGAACAAUAAGAGCUCCUACGCUGUUUCGUCAAGAAGUAAAUCGAAUGCCGCUGCCCAAAGAAUAAACCACGAUCCGUACCAUCUGCCGCUUUUCGCAGACGAGUUUAUUUUUCACCAGCAGCACCAAGUUCUAGCGCAGUAUCAGCAGCCACAGCAACGAGGGAACCAUCUUCAGGGACACAUGGUGAUGCACCGGCGGGAGCAGGAGGAACCCCGCGUGGCACUGCUCCGACCGCACGUGUUUUGCCGGAUUCGGCCACUGUUUCUGCGGGAGCGCAAAACCCGGUCCUGCGUCAAGACACGGUCCGAGUCGGCCGCGGAAAUGCUGGUGUCCGGCGACUGCCACAAGGUGAUUUCCAUCAAGGACAACUGUAACCUGAACUUCGUGCGGGACUUCAAGUUCCACAAUGUGUUCAAGGAGAACUCGAGCCAGGAAGAAGUCUUCCAGGCCAUCGGAGAGCCCUGUUUCCAGUCCUGGGCCUACAACGGUGUCAGCUGCUGCCUUUUCGCGCACGGCCAGACGUCGACGGGGAAAACCUACAGCAUCGUGGGAGACAUUGCGGAUCGUUCUGCAGGACCUGCUUGUUCCACGAGCACCGGGCGGCAGGGAGCGCCGAGGGGUGCGAAACAGGCAGGAGGACAUGCAGGUGAGCGGUGCUACUGCUAGUGUGGUCGGACGAACAACAAUCUGUCUCGUUUAUUGUUUACAAAAAUUUACGAUGACGUGGUCAAUUCAAAUUUAUCAACAUAUGCAGGCUUAUUUUUUCCUCUCCUUAUUUGCUCCUUUUACUUUUUGCAGGCUUUUUCUUCUCGUUUGGUCAGGUCUCCUGCCGCGCAUUUUGUGGCGAUUUUUCGAAUCGUUUCCGAGUCUUGGGGUAAGCGUGCUGGAGAUUUACCGGGAGCAGAUCCACGACCUCCUGAACCACCGGAAACCCGUGAAAUGCUACAGCAGUUCGGCGCAGACGAUCAAGCGUAGCGUUGUGAAGGUGCCGUGCAAGGACUACACACAAGCGAUAAAAGCGGUGGAAAAGGGGAACCGGCAAAGAGUAGAGGUAUAGUUGAUGAAUAGUUGGUGUUCCCUGCUGCUGGAGCAGGGGUUCGUUCCCGUGAUGUGGCAGUGGAUCAUGUGGCAGCGCAGCUGCUAGAAGGGAACACAAUCUGAUGAGUCUUCACUAUCUCGAAACUCGCUUGUAUACACAUUUUUUCUUCAGGCAAAAACCGCACUGAACGCCACGUCCUCCCGAGGGCAUUUGAUAAUUCUGCUGGAGUACCGCGGCGAGACGCUGUGCAUCGUGGAUCUUGCAGGGAAGGAGACCGAGGCGGGCAUCACCAGUUUGCGCGAGGUGAUGGAGGACACGCAGCGGCGGAAAUCCCUGCGCAGUCUGCGCGGGGAGCAGAGUCAGCCGCACAACUACCUCUUGCAGCGAUCCUACAGUAGCGGUUCCAUCGGGGUGUGUUCCGCACAACAGCUCGCGGAGCAGCGGACGGGCGUAGAGAAUAAGAAGCUGAUGAUGCAGAAGUCGGCGAGCAUGCAUAAGUUGGUCAAACGGAAGCUGGAAAAGCAUUUGCUGGACCACGACCAGGAGGAAGACGAUCACUUGGAAAUGACAGAUCAUGAUCAUCUGCUCGGAAACUACAACGAGGACAUCAGUGGUCACGAGGAGGGUACUACGCCAGACGGAGAUGCUUUGCACGGAACCUCCGAUAGGUUUACUUUUUCGCCGGCGAGUCGCAGCACCGCGUCGGCGCACACGACCGCGGCUUUUCAUCGUGCAGACCCGGGUAAUAGAGGACACAGUCGAGGAGGAGGAGUUUUCUCGACACUGCAGUCUCGCUGCAGAAGCAACGCGUCUUCAAAAAUGACGGAAAUCGUGAUGGCGCGCGGGGGAAGUCGUGGUACCGGAGGUUACAAUAACAGCAAAACGGAUCACAUCUUCAACAAUGCGCUGGGGCUUUCCUGCUCCAACGCGCAGACCCCGGCGGACCACGUCAGCUUCCCGGCUACUGCGACCACGACGCCAAGCAACCGACUGAAGAAGGGGGCUUUCUCGCAGAAGCACACGCCAAAUGGCAAAAAACAUCUCAACGGAACACUGCGGGCGUCUGCGCCCAGCUCGGUGUCGAAGAAGGGCGCAGCGAGUGGUGGUAGUACUUCUGCGAUGAGGGUGCGCGAGCAGCAAGAGAUCAUGAUUCGCAGCGGACGGAGAAACAGAUACACCCCCAGCGGCGCCAGCACAUCAGGAGCAAUUGUACAACACUCGGCUACAACUUCCUCCACCUUAGCCACCUCUUUUCCGCACAACCAGCUCCGCAUGCUGGAGCUGAAGUUUAUCAACAAAUCGCUGUUCCACCUGUCUGAGACGAUUCAGAGCUUGCGCAAAAAAGACACCAAGACCUGCUUCCGCAACAGCAAGCUGACGUUUUUGCUGCAAGACUGGCUGAGCUCCAAGCAAAUCUACUUACUCGCGACCAUUUCCCCCUCGGAGCUGUGUUUUGAGGAGUCGCUGGCCACUCUGCGAUUCGCGGACGCGGUGGCGAGCCUGCCCAAGGUGGAGAGCAAGCGGCACCGAUUUGGCGUGAACACAACGAAUUCGUCGGCCGAGUCGUCGUUGCGGGAAGGCAGCUCCUUCGCGGAGACCCCCAUCACGGUGGCACCGAGGCUGCAGAAGGGGGGCGGCCACGCGGGCCUGCUGCUGGAUGACAAGUCUGUGCGACAAGUGGAACGGGUCGGGGAAAACUCCCUGCUCUUACCCACGUCGAGGAGUACCACCGGAAAUACCACGGCGUGAUAUCCACGGGAAGCAGAGUCAUUUGUGCAAAGGCUUCAGCUGUCGUAGCUUUUUUAGCUUUAAUUUUUGUUCUGUCGCGGCAUCGAAUUCGAAGGCGUUCGUUAAAGACCAGGCCGUUGAGAAGAAUCGCACAGCCUCCCAGGGAAAUGGUACAAGCUAGCUGGAGAUGGAAGUGGAAGCAAAAGCCACCUCUGCUUUUUCGAUGUACUAAUGUGCAGUGUGAACUCACCUACCUACAACGAUCUUUGAGCAAGAAUAUGUAGUACGAGGUGAAGCUUUACUUUUCGAAUUUUUUGUCGGUGUCAAACAAUGUAUAAUUCUCAACUACAAGAAGAAACAUGUUUCUCGAACUUCUCGGAGUCACAGCAGUUGUGUUGUAUUUCUCAAAAGCAACAAGAGCCUCUUCUUCUAAGCUUGGAAAAAUAUAUAUGAAAAUUAAUGUCAGAUUUUAUUUGUUUGUUUCCACUUUUAGUUUGUACUUGUAGUUGUACUCACGAUGUUAACCGCUGCAUGUAGCUAACGUUUCAAAUUUUCAGAUGCAAAGAGCCCGAAUGUUUCGUUUUGUGGGAAACCCGAGCAAAAUUUUCAAGGUUUGUGCCGUAGUUUGGACCGAUAUCUAUAAUGAUCCUAAACAGAACUUUUAUGCUUGUACAAAUCGCGACGCGCAGCGUCAGAGCCAGACUCAGAAGUGUGUCGUUAAAAGAG